AUGUUUAAGCUAAAUACCAAAUUAUGCUAUGGUUUAAGAAACGUAAAUCAUUUAAUAGGGAAUUACAAAGUUGGAUACAUAAAACCACAGUUCAUAGGAGUAAUUCCAUUAAAAUGUAAAGAAUACGCGACGGUGAAAAAAGAUGCAGCUGGUAAAAAAAUUAACGAUGUUAAAGGACAGGGGCAUGAUCAUGAAGGACACACAAAGGGACUCUAUCAUCAUGUAGAGCAUCAUCAUGGAAACCCUCGUGAUCAUUUAGAUGAAGAUGGAGUAAGGAAAACAGAAUACGAUUUUGAUAAUUUCCAUUGGGAUGAUUACUGGUUAAAUACACCAAAGCAAAAUAUUGUAAUUGUGAAUGGACAAAAAAUGAUUAAGGGAGAAGAAACUAAGCCACUGGAAUACCUAUUUAAUGUUAGCCAAAAAAAUAUACCUUUCUGGUCUAGAACAAGGUUAAAUGUUUGGGGAAACUAUAAUAUGGUUUUAAAAGUUGAAUUUUUAUUUUUUUGGAUUCCCACCCUUAUUAUUUUUAGUAUAGCUAUUCCGUGCUUUACAAUGUUGUAUAUGCUAGACGAAAUUGUUCAUACAACCAUGACAGUUAAAGUUAUAGGAAGGCAGUGGUACUGGAUUUAUGAAGUAGAAUCACCUCCGGAAGAUGACGAUGAUGAUGAAUAA